CUGCACGAGCCGCAGAUCAUUUCGUCACCUCAGUUCACGGCGUUCGCGAGCGUGGUGGCGCGUCUGGGCGGCAGCGAUAGGGUAGCUCCCGAGGACUGCCGGCGGGUGCUCGACACGCUCGUCGAUCAGUAUCUCGCCGAGCAGGAGGCCGUCGAGCGGCGCCUGAUCCUUACGGAAGCCGAAAUCGAUCAGCAGAUGGUUGAACAGCGCCGGCAAAUCGAACAGCAGCUCGGCCUGGACCGGCAAUUGACGGAUGACCAAUGGCGAGCGCUGAUCCAGCGGGACACGCGCCUGACGUUGGAGGAGUAUCGGGAGCGCUUCGCCGCCGGGCUCGUCACGCAGCGUCUGGUGGCGCAGAUGCGGCCGGACUGGUUGCAGGAGGUCCCAUCACCUUCGGAGGAGGAUCUCCAGGCGUUCUACAACCUGAACAUCCAGCAGUUCGUACAGCCGACAUGGUGCUGGUCCUCCACAUCUUCUUCGAGACCCUGGGCCUGGACGAUGCCGGCCGUGAAACAGGCGCGGGAGCGCGCGGAGGAAGCGCUGCAGGAGCUGCGCGACGGCGAAUCGUUCGACGAUCUGGUGGUCAAGUACUCUGACGACCCCAGCUCUCGCUACAGCGGCGGUGAGCUCGGCAAUCGCUACCUGCGCAGGGAGGAUGCACGCGUGCUGGAAACGCUCGGCGCAGCGUUCCUGCAGACGGCGUUCGCCAUGGUGGGAGAAGCCAACCAGCUCGUGGAGUCCCAAGGCCGGCUUUCAUAUCCUGAAGAUUGA